GUUAUUGGAUAUUCCAGUAUCAUACUGUACUUUCGUUUAUAAUUUGGUUAGUCGUCGAAUUUCAAGUUUUGGUGGUCUGUAUUUUUCCCCUGUAUCGUCACCGUGCAAGUGGCUAAUUUUACAAAGACAGACUCUGACUUCGUAUCUCCAAAAAGCCCUACUUUCGCUGGCAAUUCUUGAAACAUUUUCAAAUUGGCUAAGCUCUCUAAAUUAAAUUCCAAUUUUGAAUCUUACGCAUUUUCUUUCAAAGAGAUCAAGAAGCAGCCCAAAAUCGUCCAAUCUUAGAAAAAAAGCAUGGCGGGAGCAGAGGCAUUUGUUGAAGCGGACAAUGCAGAGGCUAUUAUCACGAGAAUUGAACAUAAAUCUCGCAAGAUCGAAAGCUUAUUGAAGCAAUUUAAACCGGUAGAGGCACUUAAAACUGCCCUCGAAGGCUCACCUCCCAAGACUCAAGACGAGCGGUGCAAGUCAGCUAAUUGGAUAGUGGUUCAUAGAGCUAUUAUGGCUAUAAAAGAUGUGGAUGGCAUGUUCUCUUCUUUGGAUCCUGAGUACUAUGAUAUUCUCAUGAAGUACCUCUAUAGGGGUUUGUCUACAGGAGAUCGGCCCACUUGUGACCAAUGCCUACGAAUACAUGCUAAGCUGACAGAAAGAGCUGGUUUGGGAUGCAUACUCCGCUGCCUUGCAGACACGAUCUUCAUGCUGCAAGCCACUUGCAAAUUCUUUCAUUUCCUUUUGGUCAGUUACCAUAUGCAUCUGCAAUUACCUUCUAUUAGAGAAAGAUAAACAAGUUACGGUCUGCAGCCUGCAUUGAGGUCUUCACUUUCAAGUUUAAUUUGGCAACAAGCGGUUUUAAAGAAAAAGAGACAUGGGAGAUUAAUUUUGAACUGGGAUGAUGUGAGAUUGGUCGUGAUUUUAAGGACCUUUUCAAACAUUGCUAAUGAUUUUGCUUUCCUGUGUAGUUGGGUUGGGUUUUCUUAAAGCAAGUUGCUAUAAGGUAGAAAAAUCAUGUCUGGAUUUUGCUUGUUUAAGCUUUAUCUCGAGCCAAUCAGAGGUGAGAGCCAUUAUCAAAAAUAUAUAAACAAUGUAGAUGAUGUUCAUUGAAUAUAGUGUUUAUUCUUUAAUGUUAAA